UUGCCGAAGCUCGGUGCCAUUCAAUCAUUUCCUGACUCCAAUCAGGCGAUCUCUACUUCUGUAGGAAAAACGGCAACAUUGACACCAGUUUGGAUCAACUGGCAGCUCAGAUAAGUAACGUUAACCUUGUUAAAGGUUUGUCUUUUACAAUGGCUGAUAAGAGGACGGCUGCCGGGGAACGCGUUUAGCUGUAAGCUGAUGCAUCAUCAUCAAAUGCAGUCAAAUCUGAAACCCGACUGGCCCUCCACUUGCAACUCGGAAAAUACUAACGGGAGCUGGAAUAACACUAUGGACGCUCCUCAGUAUCCAGGCUACCCCUCACACUACUGGUAUCCCCAGUCUCAUUCCACAGGACACUAUGCAAAUACCUAUCCCUCGGGAUCAGAUGUUCAGCCACAGUACAAUCCACAGGUAAUGCCUGGAGGUUAUCCAAAUGGCCAUGGUGUGUACAACCCAGCGCAAAGUCAAUAUUCAACAAGUGGUUUCCACCCAUCCAACCCCUUCUACUGUGCCGACCCUCAGAGACCGGCUCCAGGUCCUUAUCCUAACCAGGGCUGCCCAGCAGAGCAGAGCAGUGGGCCCUCUGGGCAACCACACUCUCAACACCAACACCAUCACUAUCCUGGUCCACACUGUCAAGGGGCUCCUGGAUAUCCUCCUGGGGCGUACCCUCACUACAGUGAAAGUGGUCAUUCCAUGCCUUCAAACCCCCCGUACCCCACUGGCCAGGCUCUCCACCCAAACCCCCAGGCCGAUGGCUGGGCGCACUCUGGUGCAUAUACCCCCCCACAGCAGCAAUGGCAGCAAGGCCAGCAGCCUCCACAAAACCAUUACGGAAACCCUGUCCGUCCACCGCAUCCUCCAGCGUGGCCAGGGACUGGAACUGGUGCUCCACCACCUUACCAACCCAAGGACCAACACCACCAACGUGCCCCACAAGUGGGACCUAAACCGAGACCGGCUUCAUCCCUGAAUCCCCCCAAUGGAAAGCCUGCCGAAAUAAGUUCACCUCCCCAAAUGUAUAACAAAACUGGGAGAGGUGAGCCUAAUCCUUCACAAGGUGAGCCCCCGCCCUCGGCCCCGGCCCCAGCUCCAGGCCAGGCUGGCCCUCAGAUUCUGAGCGAUAACCCCGGCCUCGCUAAGGUCCAACUGGUCAUGGCCAGAAUGCUACUGCUUCAGGAAGACGUUGACGAGUUUGUUGGCAAAAAGUCAGACAAGAGUUAUCGGUGUCUGGAGGAACUGCUGACCAAAGAGCUGCUGGUGCUGGACUCUGUGGAGACUCAGGGACAGGAGAACGUCCGGCAAGCCCGGAAGGAGGCUGUACAGAGGAUCCAGGCCAUUCUGGACCAGCUGGAGAAGAAAGCCUUCUGAACUGGACUAAUGUACUGGUUUGUCGGUCUCUAUAUCUUGCUGUUUUCUUCUUCCAGAUCUUCCAUGGAAACCAUGCGGGACUAGAUAUUUCUCUCUCUCUUUCUCUCUCUUUCUCUCUCUCUCUCUCUCUCUGAGCUGUGUUAUCUUAAGGUUUUUUCCACCACCAUGAUAUGAAAUGCCUGAAAUAAACGGCAUGGACCCAAGACCAAGACAGAGCAUUUACUGGUACACGGAAUCAACCUUUUAAAGCCUAAUUAUGCUGGUAAAAGUGAUCUGAUGGUGUUAGAAGUGUAGACUGAUGGUUGUACAUAUCAUAAGUGACUUUCAGCCUCAGUGAGUGACGGUGCCGGCUACAAUACCUGACACUCUUGCUCAGCUCAUCUUUAAUGUCAUGCCUUUGCCAGCAUAAUGCAGGGCAGAGUCACAGGACGAUGAUUUUAUUUAGUGCCACAUUGAAACUGUAAGUGGUCUCUAACCUGUGAUACUGAUUAUCCUCAUGCUGUCCCUCAGGAUUUUGGGUCGGUUUUAGCCUGAUCCUACAUUUAACAACACGUGCACUUCAUUAGCCGUCUAUUAUUACAUUUCACAGUCUGUUUGCAUGAUAUUGUCCUCCCCCCGAUAGAGGCCAUUCACUUAGUUUUCCAUUGUCACUGAAACACUGCUUUCCUUCUCAACUGUGCUCCCAGCCCUGCAUGCACUGUAAUGUCAGACGAGCACUCAACACAGUCAUGACAUCUCAAAGCUCAGAAUUGGGCCUAGAGCGUAGCAGAUUAGUGAAAACCCCUGAAGACUGCUGUCCUCAUUAUUCCAUCUUUUUGGAUGAAAUUCUUCCCUAAGUGCGAACCCAGAAUCAGACCUACAUAUGAAUGCCAUGUAUUUUACUAUAGGAACUGCUGUUAUUACAGAUACAUAGGACAUAAGGAAAAGUUUAAAAACUACUUGAAAAGAUGUUAAAUUCUGUUCUUUUUAUCCCUUUUGAACACUUGGAAUAUAUAUAUCUAAGCAAGUGAAUUGUAUUUUCAGAAUUAAGUGUUCAAUCCGUUGCUGUGACGGUUGAAGAAAAACAUGAACUUUAACAUUUGGGGUAUUUUUUUUGUGCUUAAGGACAAUGUUUGUCACAGCACUUGGAUCAAGUGUUUAAUUUGGACAUGUCACACUAAUAUCCUUGUUAUACAAGUCCAGAUUUGCACCAUAAUCCAUUUUCUUUGGUAGAACAAGUCUUUUUUUCAAUCAUUCUUGAAGUGUUGAUUUAGAAAAAAAAGAGUGCCAUAUUUCAGGGGAUGGUUUUAUAUAAUUAGAAAAAAAUAAAAUAAAAGUAAGAUCACAAGCUUUGCAUGAAAACAAAAAAAUCACCUGCUGUAUGUGUUCAUUUUCCUGUGCUGUUAAGUUUCUGUUACUAUGGAGCACAACUGUACACUUUCAGAUGUAAUGCAUGUUUCCAACACAAGAUGGGAAUCUUUGCCUGAUCAGUAAUUAAGUAAGAAAAUAGAAGAGAAAUAAUUAAAUGUCAGUAUAUUUUUUAA